AACUAAACCAUACUUUAUAUUCUCAAUCAUCUUUACUACUUUUUAAUUAUUUUUGCUUACAAAGCAUUUUUAACUAUGAGCUUUUAAACUUGCAUAGCAGGAAGAAUACUUAAUUCUGUUGGUGCAACUCAUUUAUCUGGCUCCAAAAUUUAAAUCAUUGCUGAUUAAUUAGUCUAUCUGGCAUUUCCAAUUAUUGUUUUUAAUGGAUUUCUCACAGCUCUUUUACUAAGUGUUAAUAAUUAUAUGGAAAUAUAUUCUGAUAAAUAUAAAGAUGUAAUAUAUCUCAAAUUAAUCAGCACUGUAUUAUAGGACAUGCUAAAAUAUUUUUAACAUAUACUGCUUGUUAUUUGUUUCUAAUUUUUAUUCAAUUGUCAAAGGAUAUAAUCAUGCUAAACUUUAUGGGAUUAGUUGUUUUAUCUAUCAUUAGUGGAGUUUUAAUUGGUUUCUAAUGGAAAAUGUGA